AAAAACAUCGAGAGAGGAUUGCCGUGCGGUUGCUUCCUCCAAAGCCGUUUCCUUGCCAAGAAUUGAGAGAGAGAGCGAGCAAAGGAGAGGGAGAGCGGGGGAUUUCGCGAUCAAUCUGGGUGAGCCCGCCCCCGCACGUCCGCGAUCCGGCCGAUGGAUGCUGAUGAAGCAAAAGAAACAGCUACGGAUGGUGCAGCCAGCGAAACUGUUUCAAUGACACUUGAUGUCCCUUCUGUGCAUGAACCAAUGCAGAGGAUCAAGAAGCAGCCAAAGAGGAAAAGAGCCUUGGUGGAUGAAGAAGCUUCAUCUGCUGGGUUUCAGGGAGAGAUUGGUGCAUUGUUUGAUUAUUACAAGGAGGUCUCUGGUUAUCAAUUGAAACCAGAGGAGAUUGGCUGCACGACGAAUGACUCGAUUAUAGCUUGCUUGCUGGAGGAAAGCAAUCUUCCCUAUGCUAAGUUAGUGGAUGAAAUCUACAGAAGGAUGGAGCUCCGAGAUGGCGUCACAAAGUCUUUAGUCAGAAGCUCCGUGGAUCACAUUGGUGAGAGAAUGUCAUAUGGGAUUUCUGAUAUACAUGAUCAGGUGUUGGUGGAUGAGUCUAAAUCAAAGCUUUGGUGUUGGGAGACAAGAGAUUUGGAGCUAUUACCUCCACAACUUCAUGGGAGUUUGCAGAUCAGACGUAUGGCUCGGAAGCUAAUCCAUGAAAGGAUUCUGGCUAUUUCAGGAACUCCUAAAGUUCAUGUCAAUGAAAACACUGGAUCUGUAAGUGCUAUUCAGGAUGUAUUAAAUCUUGACGGCAUUCGCUCUUUGGUGGAGAAGUUAAAAUCAGACAUGGCUCAAAAGGAUAGCAAAACAACAGAGAGAAGCAAUUUGAAAGCUUUAAAGGAACAGACAAGGAUAGACUGCCAAGUUCAAAAGGAGCAAAAGCAUAAAGAAAGGGAACUUAAGCAUAUCAAAGAAAAAGCGGACAAAGAAGCAAAACGUGCUGAGAGACAAAAGGCUGAACAAAAUAAGCGAUUAAAGAAACAUCAGGAAGCAGAAAGGGAGCAGAAGAGGACAGAGAAGCAACAAGCAGAACUGAAAAGACAGGCUUGCAUUCAAAAACAGGCAAACUUCAUGGAGAAUUUUCUUAGAGGAAGAAAGGCUGGCAGCAUGGAAAGCCCUGGUAAUCACCAUUCAGUGGGAAGUCCACAUUCUAAUGUAAUCAGCAAGAUUGAAGAUUGUGUUUCUUCAGCUACAUCAGCAAUGGAUUGUACAUUGUCUGCAGAAAAUCAGUUGAGAUUGGAUGAAAUAUGGAAAUUGCAGAUUGCUGGAUGGAGAAAACUCUCUCGACAGAAAAAAAUAUGCCGAUGGGGUGUUAGGAGGAACCCUAAGAUUGAGUUGUGUAAAGAGCUUAAGCUGCAAAAGUGUGCUGCAACUGCAUCUUCUGAAUUUAUGUCAACUCUGAUUAAAGAACAGUCAUCUCAAAUGGAACGCCCAGGAAGCCUUAAUUUCUCAAAAUUACUUGAUGAAUCGUAUGGUGAGAAUGGUGACACGUCUGAAACUACUAAUGCUAACACACCCUCUUCGGUUUGUCUUGUAAGGAAGCUUUUACAGUUUGAUAGAAGUUAUAGACCAGCAUACUAUGGUACAUGGCGAAAGAAGAGCUCUGCAGUUUGUGCAAGAUACCCCUUUAAGAUGGAUCCCCUUUUGGACUAUGAUGUUGAUAGUGAUGAAGAAUGGGAAGAGGAGGAACCUGGUGAAAACCUCUCUGAUUUUGACAACGAUGAUGAAGAGGCUAUGGAUGAGCAGGAUUCCAAACAUGAUGCUGAAGAGGAAACUGAUAACAGUUUUGUAGUUCCUAAUGAUUAUCUAUCAGAGGAUGAGGGCGUGCAAUUUGAAUCUGGUAAAUUAGAUGACACCUGCAGGUUAUUGAUCAUUCCUGGGGUUGCAAUUGAAGAACUUAAUGUUGUUCUUCGACAGCAGAAGGCUCUUCAUAGUUUCACUAAACAUGCUCUUGACAGGGACAGGCCUUUAGUCAUAUACAACCUAGAUCAUGGGAAAGCUGACCUGCUGGAUGCUGAAGAUAUGAAUGGAAUAUUUAGGGUAGAGCAACUCUGUUUGCAAGCUCUCUGUAUGAGAGAGUACCCUGGGGCUCCCAUAAUUGAUAUUCCUGUCAACAUUACUUUGACCACGGAAGAUCAGGAAAUUGGUCAACCAAAGAAAAAGGGACCUAGCACACCUGUGGCCUCCAAAUUAAUUCCAGAUUCUGACUUGCCAAAAGUUGUAAAGCUUAUUUCAUCAUGCCCUUAUGGGAUAAGCAAAUUGGUGGAGUCAUUGCAUAUGCAAUUUCCUCGUGUCCCUAAGUUUCAAUUGAAGAACAAAAUUAGGGAGAUAGCUGACUUUACCAAUAACCGUUGGCAGGUUAAGAAAGAAAUCUUGGACUGGUGUGGUUCAUCUGUUCCAUUAGAUAAAGGCGUCCAAGAGAUGCAGACUAAUGAAUCGGGAGAUUCAGUUCAACACUCUCCUCAAUCGGACGCUAAAUUGAAGAUACACAAACACCAAAUUGAUGCCCAAGGGUCAGGUGGCAGCACAUCUCCUUCUGACCACGAGAAUUGAUAGACACAUGCUUAAAACAACACUACACCCCACACCAUUGUAUAUACUUAGCUUGUUAGGUUGUACAAAAUACAGACAGUUUUUAAGUUUCAGACUUUGAGAGAGUAGCAAGUAGGAUUUUUCUCAUAUAGUGUAAUGCAUCUAAGUCCCUUGUAGAAAUGGUGGUGGUUAUGUAAAUAGGCUUUUACACCUCAUGUCAUCCUCCAAACAAAGGUGACUGUGUAUGUUCUGUCAUCAGAAGCUGCACUUAGUGUA